AUGAAUAAAAAUCGUUUUUUUGCAGACGAAAAUUCUUCGUCAGACGAAGAAAACAGUAAUGAUGAACAACAAAUAAAAAUUCAAACAACGAAGUCCAAUAAUAAUGAUAAAGAAAAUGCUAAACGUAUCGUUCGAAGUGAAAAAGAUAAACAAUAUGAAGAAAUAACAGAAAAUAUUAAAAGAAUCAAACAAGUCAUAUCUAUACGUGAUAUUAAUCAAGUUUAUGAAUGUUUUGUAAAUUUCAUCAAAGUAUAUAAUAAAGCUCGUCGAAUAAUAGAAAAAGAACAAAUAAUAUCACGAUUUUAUAUAAAAAUAUUGGUACAACUUGAAGAUUUUAUUAAUGAAUGUUGGAAUAAGAGAGAUGAAUGUAAUGAAUUCAAAAAAACGAAUUCAAAUAAUUUGAAAAUACUUCGUCAAAAAUUUCGUCAAUAUGUACAAGUAGAAUCAUUUCAAAAUCAAAUAAAUGCAUAUCGUGAAAAACUAGAUGAUGAUGUAGUUGAAAUCAAUGAAACUUCAUCAAUUAAUGAAGAUCAAGAAGAAAUAACUUUGAAACAAGAAAAUGAUAAUCAAAGUGAUUCAAGUGAUGAUGAAUUAUCACUAAAUCAAUCUUACACCAAUUUAAAAGAAACUGAUCUAUAUUUUUAUUUUCUAUAUCGAAAAUCUGAUAGUCAAAAUAAAACUACUACUAAACGACCAACAAAAAUACCUAAACCUAUUCAAUUAUCCGAUGAAAAAAGAUUAAAAAAAGAUAUUCCAAAACUUGAAAAAUUUAAUAACGAUGAAGAAAUUUCAUAUGAAGAAAUUUUGAAAAAAUUAAAUGAAAUUAUUUCUAUGCGUGGUAAACAUACUACAAAUUAUUAUGAUCAAUUCGAAUAUUUAACUAAUCUUCGACAAUAUGUUAAAAAACGAAAUUUAACUGUUGAAAUUGAUAUGAAAAUUUUAUUAAUACAAAUUACAAUUAGUUUUGAUUAUUAUCAAAAAGAAAAUGAAUAUUUAAAAUUCGAAACAUGGACACGUAUUCUUGAUUGUAUUGAAGAAUUAGUAACAUUAAUAUCGGACAAUGAUCAUAUAGAUAUUACUGAAUAUAUAAAGGAAGAAUCGUUAUUGUAUAAUCUUCAUGAUGAUAUGAUAAUCAUUAUUCUGAAAAUGAAUGAAGAAUUUAUAAAAAUUUUACGAAAUAUUGAUCAUCAGAGUCAAAAUUAUAUCGAACAAUUGAAAGAUGAACUACGUAUUCUUUCAAUAAUUAAUCAAUUAAAAAAUUAUUUCGAAUUAAAAUCUCAUGAAAAUAAUAAAAUUAUUCAAGCAGAACAUUUAUGUACAAUUUAUCUAUGUGUUAUGGAACAUAUUUAUUAUAAAUAUGAUAAAACAUCAGAACAAUCUUCUAUUUCAUUAAUGGAUCGCUUUUGUAAAUAUAUUUAUACAAAUAAUACAUUAAAUCAUAUACGUACACAAGCAAAUCUUUAUCAUAUUUAUCAUUUAUCAUUACAUGAUAAUUAUAAUGAAGCACGUAAUUUAAUAUUAAUGAGUCACAUACAAGAAACAAUAUAUCAUUCAAAUAUUUCUACACAAAUUUUAUAUAAUCGAACAAUGGUUCAAUUAGGUUUAUGUGCAUUUCGUUUUGGUGAAAUACAUCAAGCAUAUCAAAUAUUAAUGAAUUUACAACCAGCAAAUCGUAUGAAAGAAUUAUUAGGACAAGAUAUUAAUAUUCGAAAUAAUUCUGAAAUGAAUAAACAACAAUAUUUAUUACCAUUUCAUAUGCAUAUUAAUGUACAAUUAAUUGAAUGUAUUUAUUUAAUAUCAGCUAUGUUUAUUGAAAUUUCAUCUAUACAUAAACAAUCAAUGAGUAAACAUUUUCAUAUUGUAAUGAAUCAAGGUGAAAAACAACUAAUUUUUGAAUCAAUGGAAACAAUGCGUGAACAUAUUAUUGCAACUAGUCAUGCAUUGAAAAUAGGCGAUUGGAAUAGAUGUAUUAACUCUUUGAUUAAUAAUAAAAUGAAUAAACAAGUAUGGAAUUUAAUGCCGCAAGGAACAAAAAUGUUCGAAAUGCUUAUCAAUAAAAUAAAAGAAGAAUCAUUACGUAUAUAUUUAAUUUCGAAUACUAUGAUGUUUGAUUCUAUUUCAAUACCAAAUUUAGCUGACAUGUUUGAAUUAUCAAUAAAACAAGUAUAUGAAAUUAUUUGUAAAAUGAUUCUUAAUGAAGAAUUAAUGGCUUCAAUUGAAGAUUCGAAUCAAUUUCUCAUUCUGAAUUCAAACAGAUGGUCAAGAAUACAAAGUCUCUCAGUUGAAUUAAUGGACAAAACUCUUCGAUUAUAUGAACAAAAUCAAAAAUUGAAUUAUUUUUAUUCACAAGCAAAUCAACAGAUAUUAAAAUAG